GAGAAUCGGGACUCCAAGGCAUUCACGCAGUUUUUGUCGGGCAAGAUGUCGCCACCCCGCCACAUCUAUGGCCUGGAUUCCAAAGGACUGGCUCAGUUACCCAAGCUGCAUCAGUUUCUAUCGCUCAUCGAGCUCCAUCCCAAGAGGCUGGAGCAGGUGAUCGAAGAGCGACGGCGGCUAAUGGACCGCAACGAGUACAGACCGAUGGACAUCCUCCCGGAGUCGGAUUACAAACGAUGUGUCAGUUCAGCGUCCGACGACCAAACAGGCCCGAGAAGUGUGGGUCCCGCGCACACGUGUCGGAUCCGGACGUGCAGCAAGAGCGUGCUGAGCUUGUGA